GGGUGAGGCGGCCCCGGCUGAGGCGGCCCGGCCGGCCGGAGCCGGGGGGGCCGGGGCCGCACAGCACAGCCCGCCCCGCCGCUCGGCACGCCGGGAGCGGAAGCAGCCGGCCGCGUUGCAGCGAGGCGAGCGGCAUGGCAGCCACCGGCAAGAGGAGCCUGGCGGAGCUGAGCCUGGAUGAGUUCCUCAGCGGCGGCUGCGAGUCGGAGCCUGAGGGCGGGUCGGAGCACAAGGCCGGGCCCGCCAAGGGGGCCGCGGCGCGGCGGGAUGGGAAGGCGCGGCAGCCGCUGCGGGCCCGGCCGCCUGCCAGGAAGAAGGGAAAGGCAUCUGAACAUAAGGAUCAGCUCUCCAGGCUGAAGGACAAAGAUCCUGAAUUUUACAAGUUUUUGGAGGAAAAUGAUCGCAAGUUGCUGGAUUUUGAUGCUUCAGACAGUUCUGAGGAGGAGGAGCCGUUGCACAUACCACCUGAUACGCUGGAGGAAGCAAGUGAUGAAGAUGAAGAAGAACAUGAAGCAGUCAAACGGAAGAAAGUUUCUUUCAUCCCUGUGAGCUUGAAAAUGGUUGAAGAAUGGAAAAAAGAUUCAGAGAGGAGUCUAACACCAAAACUUUUCCAUGAAAUCACUCAAGCCUUUAAAGCAGCUGUAGCAACCACUAAAGGAGACAGUGGUUGGACUGAUCCCAGCAAGUUUCAGAUCAUUGAUGCUGCAGUGUUCAAUGCCCUUGUGUCCUUCUGUGUCCGGGACCUCUUCCACUGCCUGCAGAAGCUGCUUCUUCUGAAAGCCCCAAAGAACAAACAAAAAAUGAUUCUCCCUUCCACCAGCCCACUUUGGAGUAAGCUGAGACUGGAUGUAAAAGCAUACCUCAGCUGUACCAUACAGCUCCUGUCUUGUUUAACAGAAGCCUCAGUUGCUGCAGCAGUCCUUCAGCAUGUCAUUUCCAUAGUGCCUUAUUUUCUCUCCUUUCCAAAGCAGUGCCGGGCGCUUCUCAAGCAAACAAUUAAUUUGUGGAGCACAGGUGAGGAAACAGUGAGAGUAUUGGCCUUCCUUGUGCUUAACAAGAUCUGCCGCUACAAGAAGGAGGUGUACCUAAGUCCCUUGCUCAAGCAAAUGUACAUAGCCUUUGUGAAGAAUUCCAGAUUCACCUCUCCCAAUGUCCUGCCCAUGAUCAACUUCAUGCAGCGCUCCCUGACUGAGAUGUAUGCCCUGGACACACACACCUCUUACCAGCAUGCCUUCAUCUACAUCCGCCAGCUCGCCAUCCACCUGCGCAGUGCCAUGACCAUCAAGAAGAAGGAGAACUUCCAGUCUGUUUAUAACUGGCAGUAUAUCCACUGCCUGUAUUUCUGGUGUCGGGUUCUCAGCACAAUCUAUCCCAGUGAGGUCAUGGAGCCAUUGAUCUAUCCUCUGACACAGGUCAUCAUUGGCUGUAUAAAGCUGGUACCAACAGCUCGUUUCUACCCCCUGCGCAUGCACUGCAUCCGUGCCCUCACACUGCUGGCUGAGAACACCAGGACCUUCAUCCCAGUGUUGCCAUUUAUCCUGGAGGUUUUCCAACAAGUGGAUUUCAACAAGAAGCCAGGACGUAUGAGCUCGAAGCCUAUAAACUUUGCAGUGACCUUGAAGCUUUCCAAUGCUAACCUGCAGGAGAAAGCCUUCAGAGAUGGACUCAUUGAUCAGCUCUAUGACCUGAUGCUUGAGUAUCUCCAUUGCCAAGCUUGCAGCAUUGGGUUCCCAGAGUUGGUUCUCCCCACUGUCAUUCAGCUAAAAUCUUUCCUGAAGGAAUGCAAGGUUGCCAACUAUUGCAAGCCUAUCAGGCAGCUCCUGGAGAAACUGCAGGAAAACUCUGCCUACAUCUCUGGCCGGCGGCAGAAAGCCACCUUUGGCGUGGCCAGCAGGGAGUCUGUGGAACAGUGGGAGAAGCAGGUCAAAGAAGAGGGGACACCUCUCACCAAGUAUUAUACUCAGUGGAAGAAACUAAGAGAGAAGGAGAUACAGCUGGAAAUCAGUGGCAAAGAAAGACUGGAAGACUUGAACUUCCCAGAAAUCAAGCGUAAGAAGCAGGAUGAAAGGAAGGAGGAAGACAAGAAGGAAUUUAAGGAGCUCUUUGAGCUGGACAGUGACUCUGAUGAGGAGAACGUUGGAUUCUCUGUAAAAGGUAAAGGCAAAGCCAAGCAGGCAUCAGAUGACAGCUCAGAAGCAAGCAGCAAAGACUAUGGGGAGGAUGAUGAUGAUGAAGAAGGAGAGUAUGAAAUAGAGGAAGACGAGGAAGAACUGGAAGGCGGCAGUGACUCGGAGGAGGAAGCUGAGGAGGCUGCUGGGGGUUCCCAAGGGCAGCAGAGGAGCAGCACACGUGGGCUGUCACGCUCGGAGCUCACCCAGCUGGCCCAAGGAGCAGAGGACCUUGUGGAGGACUUGGCUUUCUCUGAUGAUGACUGAGCACCCUCCCAGCUGCUCCCCCUCCCAGAGCUGCUGUGCACUGGAUCACUCAGCCUUCAGCUGCUUCUCAAAGAGGUGGUAAGAGCUGGGGAGCACGGAGGGUGGGAGGCCAGCCCCAGGUGCCACCAAGGACUUUCUCAGUGACGCAGCACAGACGCUGCUUGGACUUUGCAGCCUGUGCCACCGGCCGUUUUUGGUACCAGUGAAUUGUGGUCAUGUCAAGGCCAGUAAAACUGGCUCUGCCCAGGUAAUAAAAAA